UUAAUAGAACUUCAAUCUAUUGGCAAUUAGACAAACGUAUUUGCCGGGAAAGAUAGACGAAUGUGGCGAAAAUUUAUAAAAUAAAAAUUGCACUUAAAGCCAGCUGUCCAGUUUAUUCAAACUAAACCUGUUCAUUUUAACAAACGUCUUGCUGUGGCAGAUACUUUCUAUUGCAAUCAUUUAUCACGACAUCACUAGGGACUUCAGGAAGUGACGCACUUUUCCACUUAAUUGGACAUUUCUCGUAUAAGUGAGCUUGAAUUACAGGACAAAGGUCGGGGAAAUUGCGAUGUUUUUCAAUUGAAGCCAUUCGCAUGAGCAUCAUCUUUGACAAUGGAUUCAGAAAGUGAAUCAUUAAAGUUUGUAAAAACGGGAAAACCUACGCAGUCUAGAUCUGCAUUAGAGAAAAAUGUACGUGAUUUUGAUUCAUUAAACAAUCUUGUUUUCCUUGAAAGCGACUCUGAAUCGAUAUUUGAUGACGGGAGGAAUGGUUUCAAUCAAGAAGAGGUUAAAGAACCCGAUUCAGAUAGUGUAAUGACAAAAACCUCAACGGAUAUCACCUGUCAAUGUUUGGACAAUAACGGAAACUCGAUAAAUACAAAAGUUAUGUUCAAAGCUGAAUUGGACAGACACAGAUCGUUAGUAAGGAAUGGAAUGCGUGAUGGAUCCGUGGAUUCUGAACAUAAUUACAAACUCAACAGCAAAAAAUCAAUAUGGCGGAGCUUCAUUUCGUUGUGCAUAGGUUUAAUGUUUGCGUUUAUUUCUUUUAUGCCCUUAAGGAACAUUCAGACUAGUUUAUAUCCCAUCAAACAUUUAGGGAACAUUUCAUUAGCGUGUAUGUAUUUCAGCUUUGCCAUUGGCUGUCUAUUUUCGUCUCAUAUAACACAAAACGCUCGCCCAAAGGGUAUCAUACUAGUCGCCAUGUUUGGUCACGUGAUGUAUUGUGCCGCUAAUAUCUACCCGUCAAUGUACACGCUUAUUCCAGCUUCUUGCUUUUUCGGCUUUUUCCACGCACCCCUCUGGUCAGCACAAGAAGUUAUUCUCGCCAGUUACGGGGCCAGUUACUCCGCCAUUGCUAAAAUCAGUAUAGACAAAGCGAUUCAACAGUUCCAGGGAGUGUUUCUUGUGUUUUGUCACGCUGCACAAGUUUUUGGAAAUCUGUUAGAGUCUGCCAUCUUGCAUUGCGGAGACUAUAACAACAGACCUUUUAAUGUGUCCAUCGAUGCGUCGGAGGGAUAUACGGGGAAAAUCAAAAUUGACAAUAUUACGGAAAGAGAUGACACUAUAAAACAGAUGGUUUGGAUAGGGCCAUUUGGAUAUCAAAUUCACCCGGAAGUCAAUUUUUCGAGCGACAAAACCAAUUACGAAAACGUCGUAAAGUUCGUUUUCAUCUCAUUUGCAGUGAUUGGUAUGACAGUUAUCUGUUUGUUCCUCAAUAAACCUGAUAUUAUCAUUAACAAGAAGAAGAAUUUGUUCUGUGACAGAAUGAAGGAAUUCGCUCGGUUCCUACCUACAGGGACCUUUCUUUCUCUUUUCCUACUCAUGUUGUUCAGUGGAAUGCAGCAGGCUGUUGUCAUUGGAAACGUCACCAAGCUUUAUGGUUCUCUCACUGUUGGUAUUUCAAUGGUAGGAUAUAUGAUGAUGUGUUAUGGUACUUGUCAACUUCUUGUACUGCUCAUCAUGGAAAAACUACACAAUAGACUAAAGCCCAGUGUCGCUAUAUUCAACGCGUUUUUGAUUAGUCUUGGUCUACUUGUGUGGCUAUAUAUUUGGACACCGAAAGCCGAGAACCUGUUUAAAAUCCUUGGUUACGUGGCCCUGUGGGGAGCUGUAGAUGGUCUUUGGCAAUCACAAGUUCAGACUGUAUUGCUGGCCUGGUCUGUCGGAAAGAAGGACGCAGCUGUGACAGUGUUCCGCACAGUACAAAGUCUUGGCCUCGUUCUGGUGUUUGUUCUUGACAUUUGGAUGCCGUUACUAAAUUUAAUUUGUGUUUGUGGAGGUGUGCUUGUUUUGGGUGUUAUAUUUUAUUUAAUUCUCGAAGUUAUAAGGACGCCACUUACUCCGAUGGAUCCUCCUCCAUUUUCAUUAUAAAUAGUCAUUCAAUAACUAAGAUUUGUAUUUACUGUGUGCUUUUCUCAUUUCACUUCAUUUAAAAUUACACUUGUGUUAUUCUGAAUUAUGUAUAACUGACAUUCCUCUCAUAUACUUCAUAAUCCUUCUGCAUAUACAUAACACGCUCUUUGUUUACAAAAAUUAGUGUAUCAUAUACAUGUACAUGUAUAUUUCACUCGUGUAGAAAAAUAGUCGCACGAAAUUGUGCAUACUUUAUAUUUGGUCUUGUAAAAUUUUGCUCUGCUUUGAAUAAGUAACUGUACCAUAUAUUUUGUCAUUCUAUACUUAAAAGUUUUAUACGAAAAUGAUUAGGAAUCUGACGUGUCAGAAAAACACAGUCGCAUUAAUAUCAACCAAUCAGAUUCAGGUUAUAAAAUUUUAGUCCUUUCUGAAAACUCCUAUUUCGGAUUGGUUAAUUCUAUCAUGAACUUGACCAAUAGCUUGUUUUAAGCCUCUUUUAUUGUAAAAAUGUACAAAAUCACAGAUAGUGGUCUUCCCUUACAGACAAAAAUGUAUUCACCGACGGAAGAAUUUGCUGCGGGGCGUUUGAAAUGUAGAUUGUAUUAAUUUCUGCGGAUUUUUGUUGAAAAUUUACUUUGCUUUGACUAUCAAAAAUAUCAAUAGGGAUAUAAACUUCUACGUUUAUGAACAUCGUCAAAGUUUUGCAACAUACGUACCAAAACAUUCGUAUGUUAUAAAAAAUCAAACAUCAUUGUCGUAAAUGUGUAAUUUGUGUAAUAAACAAAACAUCAGAUUA